UAGAACUGUUAGUUCUGCGCUCUUUAUAUAAUGUUCGGUUGUCAUUUUUAACAUUUAGUAGUGAAAACACUUUUGGGCCUGCUACAAGGAGAAUUUAACAAGAUUUCAGCUCUGCACACAUAGCCUGUACAAAGUACGGGCUCAAAUUCUACAGACAUAUCUGCGAAAGAUGGCAACCGACUCUUCAAUUUUAGACACAGUAGAACUGCAAUUACCGCCAGGUCGUAUACGCGGCGCUAAGCGUGAAACGGUCUAUGGAGAUACCUACUACAGCUUCGAGGGUAUACCAUAUGCACUGCCACCUGUUGGUGACUUACGCUUUCGUGCACCUAAACCGUUUGGAAAUUGGAAGGAUACAUGGGAUGGAACACGAAGUCCACCAAUGCCGGUGCAAAAGAAUCAGCGUACUGGUGUAAUAGAAGGCAGCGAAGAUUGUCUUUAUCUCAAUGUGUACACAAAGAAUAUUAAUGCAACCAAACAAUUGCCGGUUAUGGUUUGGAUAUAUGGUGGUGCCUUUGUAACUGGGCGUGCUGCGCGCGAACACCAUGGACCCGACUAUUUGAUGCGCGAAGAUAUUGUACUUGUGUGUAUGAAUUACCGCCUCUGCUCGCUGGGUUUCCUCAGUUUAAGCGACCCCACUCUCGAUAUACCCGGCAAUGCCGCCCUAAAGGAUCAAUUGCUCGCUCUUAAGUGGAUAAAGAAGAAUAUUUAUUAUUUCAAUGGAAAUUGUAAUAAUAUUACCGUUUUUGGUGAAAGUGCCGGCGCUGUUUGUGCACAUUUACUGUCUUUGAGUGAUCAAGCGUGUGGUCUUUUUCAGCAGACGAUUCUAAUGUCCGGAUGUGGGCUUAAUUAUUGGGCGUUCAUGCAACAUAAUGAUAUGGCCUAUCGACUUGCGUCGUAUCAUGGUUAUAAGGGCGAACGAAAAGACAAGCCAGUGUUGGAAUUCUUACAGAAAUUGGAUGCUAAGCAAUUGGUUGACCAUUCGUUGCUUAGCAAGGAGGAAACGCAAAAUUUUCAUUGGUUAUCAUUUGCGCCUACAAUUGAGCCAUACACAUCCGAACACUGCAUAAUUCCAACUCACCCUGUGAAUAUGCUUCAGUCGUCUUGGUCUAAUGGCAUACCAUUCAUCAUAGGCGGCACCUCCUUUGAGGGUUUGUUAAUGUAUCAGCGUAUGAAAAUGUUUCCACAACUUUUGGAUCUUAUAAGAAAGAAACCGGAAAUUCUUGUACAGGCAGAGUUUAAAGAUAUUUACCCAAGUAAUCAAAUUCAUGAUUUGAGCAAACGCAUACUAGAUGCUUAUUUUGGCAAGAACAAAGACGAAGUAAUUGUAAAGCAACCGAAGCAGGAUCCUAUAUUUGAUUUAUUGCACCUUUUUUCACACAAACUUUUCUGGCAUGGCUUGCAUCGUGUCGCACUUGCACGCACCAAAUAUGCCACGGCCAAUACCUACCUCUAUAGAUUUGAUUUUGAUUCACCUACUUUCAAUCACCAUCGUUUACGGUUCUGCGGCGAUGACUGUGUGAAUGGUGUUGCACAUGGCGAUGAUCUUUCUUAUCUAUUCUAUUUGAAGGAAUCGAGUAAACUGGAAAAGGACUCAGAUGAGUAUUUAACUAUCCAGCGUAUGAUUAGCAUGUGGGCGAAUUUCGCUAAGUUAGCUGAUCCGAAUUGCCCCGAGAUCAGGCCAAAUAUUUGGCGACCAAUAGAAAGCGCAAAUCCAGAUUUAGGUCUAAAUAUUAGUCACACCGUGAAAGUAAUGCAAAUUCCAGAAGCGACUAAAAUGCAGACUUGGGAUUCUUUAUACGAAAAGAACUUGCUUCUUGGCUCGGUAUCUGAUGAUAAGGAAAGGAUUACAGCGUAAGCUGACUGGAAAAAAAUGUCAAUCAAUUUUAAGUGUAAACAUAAAAAUUUAUAGAGAUUUUGUACUUAAUUAAAAGUUGGCUUUCUUCUCUAAA